UCCCGGGCUCCCAAGCGAAGUGUGGAAAAUGGCGGCGUUGAUGAUAGGGCCCCGGGGACGGGCGCUAACGGCCCUGGGCUUGAGAACGGUGAACUCCCGGCUGAGGGGCAGUAGGCUGCUCCACGCCUCCGGGCUCCCGCCGCUGAUGCCACCCGGGGCGCCCCCGCAGGUGGGCAUCUCCCCGCGCUGGGAAUCGUCCACUACCUCCUCCUCUUCCUCCACUGCUAGCUCCCAGACUCCGGGCUCCGAGUCAAAUGAAGGUCAUAUCCGCCUCACUGACAGCUGCGUUAAGAGGCUUCUGGAGAUCACAGAAGGGACAGAGUUCCUCAGGCUACAGGUGGAGGGAGGUGGAUGCUCCGGAUUCCAAUACAAAUUCUCUCUGGACACAGUUAUCAAUCCUGAUGACAGGGUGUUUGAACAGGGCGGGGCUCGUGUGGUGGUUGACACUGAUAGCUUGACCUUCGUGAAAGGGGCCCUGGUGGACUUCAGCCAAGAAUUGAUCCGAAGUUCAUUUCAGGUGUUGAACAACCCUCAGGCAGAGCAGGGGUGUUCCUGUGGGACUUCAUUCUCUGUCAAAGUAUAAUAUGUGAGAUGAUGAAUUAACCAGAGACUGCCUUCUCCCUUCAACUUCCAAUUCUCGAUUCUAUGAGAACAUAGAAUUCCAGAGUUUUCUCCCUUGCUUUAUUACUUGCUCAAUUUCACCAGCCCUGGAGUUCUGUAUCCUGUCAUUCUAUAUCACAAUGUUUAGUUUUCUUUAUCAAUGUCAGCAUGCUUCCAAAAUAUCCCAUGUAACACUUGGUCUCAUAGUUAAGUGGAAAUUUUUUAAGAUUCCCCAAGCUGUUGCCUCAGAACCAGUUGCCUGGAGGCUAAGAAAUUGACUUUAGCCCCAGAGUUCCAAAAUGCAGAGAUAACAGCCCUGGCCUUCAGAGCUGCUUGUAUAUAUGUGUGUAUUAUUAGUGUAUAUAGUACAUAAAGUAUUUAUUUUUAAAGACA